AUGUGCACUUCCACCGGCAAUUAUAUGUGCUAUGUGUUCCACGUCGAACCGAGUGCCGGAGCCAUCGCGAAGACCAUCCAAGCGGCCUGUAAACUUCGUUAUCAGAAAGUGAUCGAUGCCCAUGGACAGCCGAAUUCAGAAAACAGAUUAAGAAAUCACCAGCUGUUAGGGGAAAUGGCGAAGACUCCAUCGAGGGGCUUCUAA